GCGCACAUUAUUGUUACUUACGAUUGAGUUGUGAAGGUACACAAACGAUACAUUUUCUAAUAAUAAUAAUGUAACAAAUAGUCUCUUAAAUAUUUUUGAAUAACUGAGCUCAUUUUAUGACGUAUGAUGCUUAUCAAUACUUCAACGAGUGAUAGGAAACACAUUUUAUAGGAAAUGAUUCAAUUCUUAUAAUUUAAAAAACGCAAUGAAUAUUAUGUAGCUUUCUUGCGCUAGGUAAUAGAGCAGUUAUCAGCAGAGAUUAUUGUCGGAGCUUACAUAAUGUAAAUAGUAUUAUAUUCUAUUUGCUUUAGUCGAUUAUAUCAAAAGCAUCAUAAUUUAACCUACGAGCACCUUCAAUUAAAAGACUGCGGAAAAGAAGCAUAUCACAUGAUGGCGAGUUCAGGUACGCAUGAUGCUGAAAUAAUUAGUAAUGAACACAUUGACGACAAUGGCAUAGGGAUAUCCGGAGUCGGAGGUCCCAGAAAUCCUCUGAUUUGUGGUUUGUGUCAUGACUACUACAGUGAUCCAUGCCUGCUGAUGUGUUACCACACUUUCUGCGCAAGAUGCCUGCUAGAACCUAGUCUUGACAGCAAACUCUCCUGUCCUAUUUGCGGACAGAUAACGCAAUUGAAAGACGGAAGUCAGCAGCCACCUAGCGAUCAUCUCAUGCGUCAACUAGUAGAGUUUGUCAAUACUGAAAAUCCACCGUGUGCCAACUGCGAUAAACGAGAUAAGACAGCAAUGUUCUUUUGCACAACGUGCGGUCAGGCGCUAUGCACCCACUGUCGAGAACAUACACACCGAGCCAAGAUGUUUUCAUCUCAUGAUGUUGUACACAUGAGUAAGUGCAAUAAGGAUACCCAGCGACGUUGCCCAAAUCAUGGAGAGCAGUAUAUAAUGUUUAGUCAAAGCACUAAGCAGAUGUUAUGUGCGAUAUGCUUCCGUGAAACACCUUCAGAUGCUAGACUUCACUGCAUGGAUAUCGAAACCGCCUGGCAACUGGUUUCCAAAAAGAUGGAACGUGCCAUUACUUCUAUUUGCGAACUACAGACAAACGUGCACGAUGGACUUCUAGAUCUUAAAUCACAAGUAGAUGAUCUUAAAUGUGGUCUGGAAGAGGAAAAACGUAUCCUCAACGUUUACUAUCAGAGUGUUCAAGAAACAAUGAGUCAAACGUAUUCAGUAAUAUUAGCUGAACUUCAACGAGAAUUCGAUACAAAGGAUCGCAUUAUAAAAACAAACCUCCUUGCGUUAGGCAGUGCUUUGCCUGUACUCCAAAUGCACGUUGGCUUGUGCACAGCUUUUACUAGUGCGGCUGGUAAACAUCAAUUUCUUGAACUUGCAUACCCUAUGCUAGAGCGUCUUAGUCGCGUUGCUCAACUUGGGCAUAUACCACGUUCAUCUUUUAUUACUAACAAUUUUAAGGUUCACUACAAAAGUGAGUUUUUACGAGCACUUCAACCACUCAUGAAUAUACCUGUACAACCUCAAACAGCAAAAGAUGCUUUCUAUGACCAACAUUACCAACAACGUUAUUUAGACAUUCAAUCCUUGCAGCAUAAUAAAACUAAUCAAAGAGCUCCAACACAAAUUAAAGGACUUUUGGAGUCAGGUCGUUUCAAUAGCCAUUGUCGCACAUUUGAUAAUCAACUUCAAGAAUUGAACAACCAAUUGAAAACAGUAAAAGAACGUCUUGGUGAACUCCAUAAAGAUGUAGCAUUGUUACGCCGAGUUAAUACGCCGCCUUUGAUAAUACGUUAUGAGAAUAUCACUAGAGACUUCAGACUUUUGGAACAGCAACUUGAACACCAACAGAAAGAGAUGGAACGACUUAAAGCGGUGUUUGAUGCUCUUUGGGAAGAGCAACUUUGUCGAAUACAUUUAGAAAAAGAAGUUUUUCAUUCUCAGAUGAACGAUAUUCUAUCAUUAAAAGGAGAACUGAAGCAGUUGCAGUUAUUUGCACAACAACUUGAACCUUUUAUAAAGUCUUUUACGUCUGGUAUAAAUACUGGCGAAGCAAACACUUCUGCUUCAGAUGUUACUAACCACCAACACCUUCAAGUUUUACUUGACCAUCUUGCACGACUACAAAUUCAAGAACCGAUUCAUUCCUCGCCAACCAAGGAAUGCCGCCUACAACAACCGCAACAACCCAAUUCGCAGAUUCGAAAUAGUCAUACAGUUAUCGACAAUAGUUCAUACAAUAGAGAAACGAAGGACAUGACAGACGAGUGUGGGACAUCUUCGUGUGGAGGCGUGCAAACAGUUCUCGAUUCUAGUGGCAAUAUACUUGUGUAUGGAACAAAAAGUGAAUCGAAAAAAGGCGUACUAAGUCAAUUAAUUGAGAAAGCUAAAAUGAAAGAAGACAGAAAAAAGUCAUUUGGUUAUGAUGAGAGCUACGAGCGUAAUCAAAACCGAUGCUCUCGCAAAUCACCUGAAAACCAAUUAAAGUUAAAAAAUGUCCAAGGAUGUAACUCAACUAAUAAAGUUCGAUCUCUUUAUCGGUCACUCAAAGGUGGCAACGUUGACAUGACAUCAACUGAAUUUGCUUUCGAGCAACAUCAGCAGCAAGGAGAAGAAUCUGAAUAUCAGAAAAUCUCUGAAACAUCAAGUAUAGGCGAGUCUAAGAAGCAAGUUCAAGCACAAAUACAUAGAAUUCCUAAUGAGACAGAAUUAACUUUUACAAAAAUUAAAUCUGUUCGGCCAUCUAAAAGUCAAAAAGUUUAUCCUGCAAGCGAUUCAGAAGAACUAUUUUAUGGUAUACAAAAAAGUUCUGAUACAGUUGACGAGCGUUCUCGACGUCGAGCUAGUUGUGACAGCCUUAGUACUACAGGUUCAGGAAGUCGACGAUCAAGCAUUAUUGAUACAACAACAACAACUGUUGGUUCUAAACGAUUAACUGUAUCACCGAAGGAUACACGUAAAACACUUGUUCUUUUUAUUGGACCACCUAACAAUACUCCAUUAGUUCAAAAACAGCGGUCCUGGGAAACGUUUCCGCGACCUAAGAAUAAGCGCACUAUUUCAAUGGGAGAAGUAACUGAUAGUCUAGGCCUCGGUCAACUGAAAAAAGCAGAUAGCUUUGAAGGUCACGAAGAAGCGGUACGUACUCUUGUUGCUGCAGUCCAAGAAACUCGUUCACAAAUGCGUCAAACUCAUCUUAACCAGCAUCGUAUUCAUCGAAAAAGCAAAACUAAUUAACUGAAUAAGGAUCAUUUUAUUAUCAUGAUUAAUUUUACAUUUUUAUAAAACAAUUAUUUCACGAAUAACUUAAA